GUCACUUCCGGGGCUUGAUCGUGCCUCGCCGGGGCUUCCUUGGGGCCAACGGCCAGGGUUUUUUGGCCCGACGAAAUCCUUGGGCCAAAGCGGGCCUGCUGGGGCUAGAGGAGUGGUCAAAGUGAAAGGCGGAGCUUUCUCUGGUAAGCGAGUAGACAGGUAAAGGUGUCUGUUGCAGGAUGCGCAUUUCGCUGUAUUACGUCGUGCAAAGAAUUUCAUUUAAACUUAAAAUGGAGAAUCGCCAGUACUGGACUAUGGAAGAUACCAAGGCUCUUCUUUGCAUUUGGGCUGAGGAUAACUUACAACGGCAGUUUGACGGCGUCUGUAGGAAUGAAGAUAUAAUGAAAUACAUCGUUGCCGAACUCGCAAAGUUAGGUAUCCAGCGCACUACGAUGCAAGUUCGAGAGAAACUAAAGAAACUACGGGCACAGUAUAAAGUCAUAAAAACACACAAUGGACAAAGCGGUGCCCAGAGAAGGUCCUUUCCAUGGUUUGAUAUAAUGGACGGUGUACUGGGUCACCGUCCCUGCGUUAGUGGAGAGACCACUCGGGAUACCAUGGCAGCUACUGUAGUCGAAUUGGAAUGUCAGAGUGAUUUCUUGGAGUCUGAAGUCGAACAGGGACCAUUUACACCUCCGCUGCUAACAUCUACACCUGAGAGACACGAUGGUCCCCAAGAGAUUUCAGUAAUCAGAGGGGGGUCACAUCGCAUUCCACAAAGGACCAGAACAGAAAGUUGCAAACGCAAAGCUGCAAAUAUAGCAUCGAGGGAAUUUUUGCAGUGUAUGCGUGACAUUACACAGCAACAGCUGGAAGAAGAGCAGGCGCUGAGAAGGGAGGAAAUUAACAAAGACAUGAUGAUGAGAAGAGAGGAGCUGGAGUAUGAAGCACAACUCAGACGAGAAGAGAUGUCUGAGAGAGAGAAGGAAGCUGAUUCUUUUGCUUCUGUUUUUGCACAUUUGGCAGCAGCUCUACAAAAAAAGUAGAUGAACACUGCACUUGUUUUUGUGUUCUCUAAGCCAAACUUUUUCAUAUUACUUGUUUUUAAAUUAUUUGUAAAUUGUUUAUAUACAUUGCACAAACACCUGUUUGUUGUGUUUGCACAUUUUCAUAGCACCUUUGUAUUUGUUCGCUGAU